UAAACCAAUUUUUUCUUUGGUUACAAACCCCUUUUUUGCUGAGACCGGAGUUCAGCACAGGGCAAAUUUGCCGUCGGAAGCAGAGUCACCCUACUCUUCACUCAAUCCAUCUCUUUAUUCCCAAAACCUCUCUCUCUCUCUCAUUUUCUGCAUCACCCACGGUUUUGGUCUUCUAAUAUUGUAUAUCGAUGGAGCCUGGAAAAUUUGACCCAAGAUACUCUGGAGAGUUGUUGAAACAUAUGGAUAAGCAGAAUGAGGUCCUUAUGGAAACAUACAGAUCAAUGUUGCAUGAACUGCAAAAACUUCAGGUGGAAGAAGAGAUGAUUAUGCGCAAACUUUAUGAAGUAAUGUCCGUCCACGGACUCACUAAACAGAAUGAAGACAAUUCCAACCCUUCCCAUAAUAGUGCUGAAGCUGAACAAAUCAAUAAUGAAGUCAAUACAACACAUGAGGAUCAAUAAGGACAAUUCUGCAAGAAUUAUAAAAUUUUCAUCUUCACUAGAUCAAUAUUAAAGAGAUAUUGGCUUUUUGUUUGGGUAAAGAGGUAAUUCAUCUUCAAUGUGUUGACUCUUGAGGCCAAUGCCUAUGUUUAAUGGUUGAAUAUGUACUGCACUCUAUUUACACUAUUAGAUGCUCUUUUGACCGAAA